AUCUCGAUUGUCUAUAGUUCUUUCUUUGUCUACGGACACGUCGUGAGCACGUUGUUUUGUGAAUUUAGUGUGAAAACCACUAAAAAUGUCGUCCCAUCUUAACUGGAUGAUUAUCAGGAAUAAUAACGCCUUCCUUGUGAAGAAGCGCAACAUCAAAAAGCCGUUCAGCAAAGAGCCCAACAAUGUGACUAACCUCAACGCGUACAGAUACAACGGCCUCGUCCACAAAAAGGCUGUCGGUGUGGUCGAGAAUCCCAACAGAAAAGGUUUCACAGUGGUGUACAAGAAGGCCAAAGCCACUAACAAGCCGGCGAAGAACCUGAUUCGUCGUCCAUUCAAAGCUGGAGCCAGACGAUCACUCCACAAGGUAAAGCGGCUGCUGAGAGCCAACAACUACCGCACAGACUUGGCCAAAGCUACCCUUCGCCGUGCAUCUGCCAUCCUUCGAUCCCAGAGGCCCAUUAAAGCGAAGAAACCAAAGGCGGCUGCGGCCAAAACUGAAUAACUCUGUAUGUAAGCUUCUAAUAAAAACAUAAAUGUA